AUGUACCCUCACCUUGACUUUUUUGUUUUUCUUACAGGAGCCCAGCAUCGACAGGAGCUCAACAGCUCCGGGCUGCACCUGACCCUACACGACAUCCGCAGCCCCUGCUCUCCGGCGGCGCUGCCGGAGAUCGCCGCCGGCGAGAUCCUCCGCCGCGACCAGCGGCGGGUGGCGGACCUCGCCACCCGCCUCGCCGGCGGCGAGGCGGCGAUUAUCACCCCCAAGGCCCUCAACGUCCCCCUGAGCGCAGGCGUCUCCGUCGGCGUCGGCAACUACGUCGCCAAGAUCUCGCUGGGCACGCCAGCGAGGGACUACAUCGUCGUCUUCGACACCGGCAGCUCCCUCAACUGGCUCCAGUGCAAGCCCUGCAGCAUCUCCUGCCACAAGCAAGUCGGCCCCAUCUUCGACCCUGCAGCUUCAAGCAGUUAUCGCACCGUCCCCUGCUCCAGCCCCGAGUGCAACGAGCUCCAGUCGGCCACGCUGAACCCACCAUCUUGCUCCCGAUCCAAAAUCUGCAUCUACCAGGCCUCCUACGGCGAUGGCUCCUUCUCCGUUGGGUACCUCAGCAAGGACACCCUCUCCCUCGGCGGCGGCGGCGGCGCCGUCCCCGGCUUCGUCUACGGCUGCGGGCAGGACAACGAGGGCCUCUUCGGCAACACGGCGGGGCUCAUCGGACUCGCCCGCAACAGGCUCUCCAUGCUGUACCAGUUGGGGGCGAAGUACGGCUACGCCUUCUCCUACUGCCUCCCAACAAAGUCCGCCACCGGGUUCCUCUCCAUCGGCUCCUACAACCCGGCGCAGUUCUCGUUCACGCCGCUGGUGCCCAACAGGCUCGAUGGUAGCCUGUACUUCCUGAGCCUCGCCGGCGUGAGCGUCGGCAGAGGUCAACUGGCGGUGGCGGCGAGCGAGUACAAGCGCCUGCCGACGAUCAUUGACUCCGGCACGGUGAUCACGCGGCUGCCGACGGCGGUGCACGAGGCGCUGAGCAAGGCGGUGGUGGCGGCGCUGGCGAGGUAUCCCCGCGCGCCGGCGUACUCCAUCCUCGAGACCUGCUUCAAGGGGAGCUUCAGGACGCUGCCGGUGCCGGAGGUGACGAUCACCUUCGCCGGCGGGGCGCAGCUCAAGCUGGCGGCGGGGAACGUGAUGUACGACGUCUCAUCUACUACGACCUGCUUGGCCUUCGCUCCUACCAGCAACGUCGCCAUCAUCGGGAACCGCCAGCACCAGACCUUCAAGGUCGUCUACGACGUGACCCGGUCGAGGAUUGGGUUCGCCGCCGGCGGGUGCAGCUGA